UUCAACUUUCAGUCUCUCUGCUCAGCUCUGAAAUGAGUGCUGCAGAGUCUUCAGUGGGCAUGCUCCCUACCAAAGAUGGCCUGGAGGAGGAAGAAAUGGAGAUCAUUUUCAACACUGCUUUCUAAUAAACACAUGAAAAAAAUUUUAAACUGUGCUUUGGGAAGCAUUAGAAUUUCCUAUGGUAAAUGCAUUGUUUUUAAAUUUUAAAAAAAUAGAAGAGAAGAGAAGAAAGCACGAGGAAAGACUUUCAGGUAAAAAGCUAAAGGGAAAAUGUCUCAGAAUCACCUUCCGUGUGUCUCCUGCUAAGCUUUACUGCUGCUAUGUUGUGAUCACGGUCCUUACUGUAGCUAUAGUUGCACUUUCUGUGGCUUUGUCAGUAAGAAAGACUGAGCAGGUCUCCAUCAAAAAUAUUCAUGGUGUUUGCCCAAGAGACUGGAUUGGAUUUGGAAAUAAGUGCUUUUAUUUUUCUGAAUACACAAGUAACUGGACAUUCAGCCAGGACUCCUGCAUGGCACAAGAGGCACAACUAGCUCGAUUUGACAACAUGGAGGAGCUGAAUUUCCUAACAAGAUACAAGGGGACUUUUGACUACUGGAUUGGCCUGCACAGAGAGUCCUUAGAGGACCCUUGGACAUGGACAGACAGCACUAAGUAUAACAACUUGCUUCCCAUCAGGGGAGUGGAAGAACAUGCCUACCUGAAUGACAAUGGGAUCAGCAGUGGCAGGGACUAUGUACAUCGGGGAUGGAUUUGUAGCAAACCCAACAGCUACACCAUCCAGUGCCAAAAUCCUUCCUAGUCGUUGCCAAGAGAUGCUUUUAGCCUGUUAUCUACAGUUGCUGCUCUUUCCUCUAUCUUCCCACUUUGAUAUCAUAAGGAAGUAAGAAUAUUUCUUGACAUCACAAAUGAAAACCAUCUUGGAGAACUGCCUACAGGGGAUUAGAAGACCAUAAUGAGUCUAAAAUACAUGUUAGCAGUCAGGCUUAAGCCUAUAGUACAGUCAAUGUUAGUGAACUCCACUUAUAUGAUAUGGGAUUUUUGUGCAGAGAAGUCCUUCUUUUGAAUUUAUGAGACCACAAAAAUGAGUUUCCAAAAAUGCAUGUGGACUUUACAUAGUGACACACACACCUGUGGUCCUAGUUAUUUAAGAUUGAUACAGAAGGGUCCAGGUUCAUGAGUGGGUACUGAAAGUAUGGGAAUGCUUUAACAAUAAUGAGAAAGGUGAGGAUUCAUUCAUAGCAACCCAAAAUAUUGGGAAAACAUUGUACAUUCUUCUAAAAAUUCAUACCAACAUACAGAAGAUUUAAAAAAUAGUUAAAACUAAGAUUUCCUUUAUACUCUGCAAUUUAAAACAUAAGAGACUUUGUCAAAAUGUUUCUCUACUUUAGGAGUAGGGAUUAAGAUUUAGGCUCAUACCUGCUGGGUUUCAUUUCUGCUCUAUGACUCAAAUAUGUGUGACCUCAGCAGUCAGUUCUUACUGUGAAUCUCUGGAAGGAAUCAGGAGUAAUGGCAAUAGU